AUGGGCGUGGCCACGGCCAAGCUGAAGGAGAAGGGCUCGACGCCUGGCGGCACCUACCGCAUCCUCUACCACGCGGGCGGCAAGAAGGUCUUCAAGGGCCGGGCAGAGGUCAUCCGACUUCUGCUCGAGGACGCGGGUGUGCCCUACGAGGAGUCGGACGAGGGCCUCUACGGUCCGACGGGCUUCUGCGACGCCUUCAAAGCGAUGGGCAGCGACUCCACCGGCCUCAGCAAGGAUGUUGCGCCGCUGGACGCGGUCCUGCAGGACACAGCGCCGUACCCAGUGAUGUUCCCGCCGAUCCUGCACUACAAGCCGGCCAAGGGUGCCAAGGACCAAGAGGUGUUCAUCAAUCAGGUGCCAGCGAUCCUGCGGUACAUUGCUGGAGGAGUCGGGUACGUGCCCAGAGGCAGGGCGCAGCAGGCUCAGGGCGACCAGCUGCUCGAGAACGCGAACGACUUCCUCGCAGAGGGGCGCAGGAGCUUCCACCCCGUCGAGGACAAGAAGGGCUACUCCGAGCAGAAGGAAGAAGCGGACAAGUCCUCCAAAGAGUGGGCGCAGGCCCGCUUGCCUGUCUGGCUAGGACACUUCGAGAAAGUGGUGCGCAGGCUGUGCCCAGCUGGGGACGGCCCCCUCUUCCAGAGCAUGUCCUACGCGGACGUGGCCCUGUUCUUUGUCCUGGACGCGGCGGAGGCACAGUUCAACACGGACUUCUACGGAAGGGCCUGGGACAACGCCCCCGUGCCGACGCUGAAGGCGUGGAAGGCCUGGGUGGCGGCGCGCCCGCGGAUCGCGGCGUACCAGAAGAGCGAGAGGUGGCAGCGCGAGGACGAGAAGAGGGAGGACCACGAUGGCAAGCUGGCCCAGGCAGAGUUCGUGGAGGUGCUGAAGUCUGGGAAGUUCGUGGGCAGCAGCAAGGCGGAGGCCGCUCCCAGCGCGCCGCCGAAGGGCCGCGGCGCCGCCCGCGAGGGCGAGGAGGAGGGCGCGGCGGCCGCGAGCGACGCGUCGCCGCAGGGGCACGGCGUCGACGGUCCCGAGUACCUGGCGGGGCUCGACCUGCGCCAGCGCAUGGGGGCCAUCUCGCUCAAGGACGCCAUGGCGAUGCUCGACGGGGACCAGGCGGGUUCGCUGAGCAGCGAGGAGUGGGUGGACGGCCGCAAGGCCUUCGUGCCCGCGCUCACGACGGACGAGGCGAAGGCCUCCUUCGCGGCCAUGGACUCCGACGGCGACGGCGAGGUGAGCUACGACGAGCUCAGCGCCGCGAUCCCGGCACAGGACGAUGUCCCAGUGGAGCUCGCGCCGAGCGUGGCCAAGGAUCUGGCCACCGUGGCCGACGACGUCGUGCAGCGCGACGCGACCUCGACAGCGACCUCCACGGCGGCACCGACCACCAAGAAGACCACCAAGAAGACCACCAAGCAGACCACCACGACGACGGCUACCGAGACGACGACCACCAUCACGGAGACGGAGACGCGCGAGCGGACGACCACGUACACCUUUCCCUUCCCGUCCACGCUCACCGAGACGGGGUCUGGCCCGAUGCCGGCAGCUGGGCCGGGCAGAUCCGCGCGGGCGGCGGCGCCGAUGCGGGCGGGCGAGCGGCCGCAUUCCAUCGAGGAGGACGACCGCCAGGGGGUGGACAGCGAUGCCUUCAUGGCCUUCAAUGGCGACCUCACGCCGGAGGUGACGGAGGUGCUCGACCCCGCGAUCUGGACCCCGACGCUGCCCGAGCCGGGGGCGCAGGCGGCCGAGGAGACGGAGCCGCUGUCGGGAGCGCCCGAGCCCGAGGGCCGCCGCGGGGAGGAGGCCGAGCCGCCAGCGGCGCCCUCCGCGCCGGCGCCCCCACGGCUCCUGGGGGGGCGCGCGGUGCACGUCUCGGUGGCCGCUGCGGCGCUGCUGGGCUCCGUCGUCGCCGCGGUCGUGGCCACGCGGGCCGCGGGGGACUCGCCGGGGGUCAGCAGGAACUCGCCAGCGGGGACACCAGGGAUGCUCAGCACGCGUGCUCAGCAGGGAUUCGCUGCCUCUCGCGGCCUCCUUCGGGGGCAUGUCGGAGACCCCGGCGGCGGGGCCGUCGCCGGCGGGCUUUACCGCACCGCCGCCUCCAACGCCACCGCCCACGUGCUCAAGUCGCCCGCCCACCUCCGGAACCUCGUUGACGUGGUCCGGCUCCCGGACGGUAAGGUGGUCGGCAGCGUGGACGCGGAACCCCGUGACCUGGACGGCGACAUGGUCGGCGACGUGGUCGGCGACGUGGUCACCGUCGCGAGCCUCGGCCUGCAGCCCAACGCCGCACCAACCAGCGCACCGACCAGCGCACCGACCAGCGCACCAACUGGCGCGCCGACCAGUGCGCCUACCAGCGCACCGACCAGCGUACCGACUGGCGCGCCGAUCAGCGCACCGACCAGCGCACCGACUAGCGUGCCGAUCAGCUCGCCGACCAGUGCACCGACCAGCGCACCGACUGGAGCACUGACGAGAGCACCGACUGGUGCACCCACCAGCGCACCGACCAGUGCAACGACCAGCGCACCGACUAGCGCACCGUCAGCCACGCAGACGACUACCAGCGCACCGACCAGCGCACCGACCAGCGCACCGACCAAAGCACCGACCAGCGCACCGUCAGCCACGCAGACGACUACCAGCGCACUGACCAGGGCACCGACCAGCGCAACGACCAGCGCAGAGUUGGCCACGCAGACGACUACCAACGCACCGACCAGAGCGCCGACCAGCGCGCCAACCAGCGCACCGACCAGCGCACCGACCAGCGCGCCGAUCAGCUCGCCGACCAGCGUACCGACCAGCGCCCCAUCGGCGACCCAGACGACUACCCGCGCACCGACCAGCGCACCGACCAUCGCGCCGACCAGCACACCUCCAGCCUCGCAGCCGACUACCAGCGCGCCGACCAGCUCACCGAGCAUCGAGCCGACGGGCGCACCGACAGCCAUGCUGACGCUGGAGCUCCCCGCGGCGCCAACCAGUGCCCUGAUCACCGCACCGUCACCCACGCGGAUCCGAGAUCUCCCAGCGGCCUCGCCCAAUCGGGCGGCAGGUGCUUUUUCGGAGGUCCCUCCGGCCGCACAGGUUGUCGAGGCCGAGCCCGAGGCUGCGGCUGGCACCCUGCAGGCGCCCGCGCCCACGACGACCACCAUGGACGCCAAGACGCGGGACGCGAUCAUCGGUGGUGUCGUCGGGGGGACGGUGGGCGUGGCCGGCCUCGUCGCGGGGCUGGCGGCCGGGCUCACCGCCCACGGCAGCCACCACGUCGACCCGUCGGCCUCGUCGGCCUGGACGACGCUGACGUCCACCACGCGGGCAGCGGUGGCCCUCGUCGACGACGAGGUUGCCAGGCAGGCCAUGGACGUGCGCCCCCAGGCGGUCGGCAGCACUCUCAUGGGCCCAGGCGCCGUCCACGAGCCAGGCCAGCUGCCCUGGAUGUGGCUGGGCCUCGCCUCGGCGCUGGUCGUCGUCCUCUCGCUGGCGCUGCUCUACGUCUUCCGCAGGACGCGGCUGGCGGGCACCGCCAGGAAGGCCCAGCUUGCAGCAGGAGACUGGUCGGGCUCCUCUUCCCCGGGAAGCUCCUCGGGCCCAGAGAGCCCCGGCGCGGCCAGCCCCCACGGGCGUCUCCCGGGCGCAGCGGAGGGUCGCGGCGGCGCGGGCGAGCCCUGGGACAGGCUCUUCGACAUGCUGGACAGCGACGGCGAUGGCGAGAUCACGCGCGAGGACCUCAAGCGCGCGCCGGCGGCGGCCAGAGCGGCGGCGGGACUCGCGCUGAGCGGCAACAGCGUCGCCCUGCAGCCUGGCGGCAGUGUCGCGGUCGGGGCCGCGCCCGGUCGGCCAGGGCAUCCCGCGACGACCCCCGGAGGCUCGCGCGGCGCGUCCCUCAGCGUGCCCCCCGUCGCCAUGACGCCGCCGGGCUCCCGCGGCGCGUCCAUCAGCCAUGCCCUCAGCGCGCGGUCUGGCGCCGUGACGCCGCAGGGCUCCCGCGGGGCGUCCCUCGCCGUGGCCCCAGGCGCCGUGACGCCGCAGGGCUCCCGCGGGGCGUCCCUCGGCGCCGUGACGCCGCAGGGCUCCCGCGGGGCGUCCCUGGCCGUAGCGCCCGGCGCCGCGACGCCUGGCGCGGUGACGCCGUCGCGCUCGCCGUGGGCGUGA